AUGGGCUUCUCGAAAUUCCUUCCCUUCUUGGCUCUCGGCAUCUUGAUCAUUUACCAGGUGGGAUUGCUCCAGGCAGCACCAUCCAGGUCUGCCUCGGAGAACAGCUCACAUCCUGCUUCACUCAGUGACGAGGAAAAAGACCUCCUUCUGGCUAUACUGGUGAGGGAGUUCUUGAAGAAGAUGGCCAUUGAGAAGGCACGGCUGGCCAAUAGCUCCAGCACCAUUGCCCAGAAGAGAGCCUGCAACACUGGCACCUGCUUGACCAAUAAGCUUGCUGGCUUGCUGAGCAGAUCUGGAAGUGUGGCAAAAACCAACCUGCUGCCCCCUGACAUGGUCACCAAUGGCUCUGGCCGGAGAGGCAGGGACCUGGAUGCUUAA